GGGGGCAAUAGCAGCUUGAUUGAGCCUUUGAUAUCGCUUUCGAGAAAAGGCGGUGCAAUCAAUUGAUUUCUGCCUUGUUUUUGAUCGUACGAAGUAUAAUCUGCCCCUCCAUUUGAUAGACUACUAUCAUAUCAUAUCAUAUCAUAUCAUAUCAACGAUAGUCUAUCUAAAAACAACCCCUGCAACACAUUUUUCCCCUCCAAAAUUGUUCAUCUUCUUAAACUCCCUUCCCGUCAUUCCACAUUUCAUCCCUACGUUACAAAGGCUGAAGACGUACGCAUACACUCCGCAGUAACCCAGCCCAACUGCCGAUUUCGAAACACAUAGCCCAGUCAGCGAUCGGGAAUCAAAGCUGGUGUAACUCUUCCCGUGGCUGACUGUAUUGUCCUACAAGUUCGUCGACAACCCUAGACGUUUGCGUUUCUUCAAACUUCCACGUUUGCGCUGGUGGUCACACUGAGUAAUACCCGGCGGGCUGAAGCUUACUUGCAUGAUCGCUUGAUACGGGGUGUUUGCGAGGUUGCUUACGUUGGAUUUUGAGAAUCUUGGGGUUGCGAGAAGACGCGUUGCAUAGCACAGGAUAGGAAAGGAUAGGAUAGGAUAGGAACCGAACCGAACCGAACCGAACGGACAAUCCAGCAAUGCCGCACACGAAUCGCAAAAAGAAGGGUGGAGCGAGGGAACCCGGAGAAGAGACGGAGAAGACAAAAAAGAUUGCGCCGUCGACCAAGCGGACACAGAUAGAGGAUGGAGAGGGCUGGACGCAUGUUGUGGGGGGCGGAAGAAAGACCGGAGCUGCAGAAACCUGGACUCACGCGGGAGAUUUUGUGCAGGAUGGGGUCGCGUAUAUUGAGCGCUCGACGGGAGAGAUGCAGGCGGAUUUGGACAAUUAUAGGAAACAGUGGGAGAGUAGUGAAGCAGCUGGUCAGCUGAGGAAGAUUUUACGUGGGAGAAGCGCUGUGAAGAGUGUGGUUUGUUUGGGGCUGGGAAGUUUGCAGAGUGCGAGGAGGGAGGGGAGGAGGAGUAGCUAUACCCAAUUGGCGGCUUUGAUGAUGAUUAUCGAGGAGUUGGGCGGUAUGGGUGAGGAUAAGAUACAAUGUAUAUUUCAAGACCCGCAAAAUACUAAAGACGACAAGGUGUUUUUGACAUCUUUGGGUGGAAAAGUGGUGGACGAUCCUUUAGCAUUUGAUUAUAUUAAAGAAGAUACUCUUGUCUAUGCGAUACAUUGCUACGGACCAGUUUACAAGACUAUCAGUCAAGGACCUCGACCUGCAGUCCUCAUAGGAACCGAUGUGGAGAAUUUUUCAAGCUUGUGGUUAACCAAAACAGAAACCCUCAAACAGCAUCUAGAUGAUAUGAUCAAAGAUUGCGAGAUGAUAAAUUUCCCACAACUUCGACAUGAUUUCUCGGACACAAAAAUAUACUGGCGGAAUAAACCAAGUGUUUGAAAGGGGUUGUAACCGAGGCCAAACUCUCACUAGCAAUAUAUUCUAAAUACGCCA